AUGGGUGUCCUGAGCUGCGUCAAGUACCUGAUGUUCAUCUUCAACGUGCUGGUGUUUGCCGGCGGGAUGUGCCUGGCCGGCGUGGGCGCCUGGGUGGCCGCGGACCCCGCUGGUUUCCAGGACAUCGUGGCCACCAAGGCGGUGCUGAGGGCGGGCGCCUACCUGCUGCUGGCYGUGGGCAUCGCCCUGGCGCUGCUCGGCUUCCUGGGCUGCUGCGGCGCCCUGCGCCGGAGCCGCCCGCUGCUGCUGGCGUUCUUCAUCCUCGUGAGCCUCGUCUUCGUCACGCAGCUCGUGGGCGCUGUGCUCUUCCUGGUGCACUGGAAGGAGAUCAGCCCAGAGCUCUUCCUGGCCGAGCUGCGGAGGAACUACUGCGGGGACGAGGGCGCCGAGGUCUUCUCCACGGCCUGGAACACCCUCAUGAUCACGUUCUCGUGCUGUGGCGUUUCAGGGCCUGAGGACUUCGGGAACAGCUCCCGCUUCCAGGAGCUGCAGCCGGGCUCGCCGUGGCCGCGCGCCUGCUGCACCCGCCACGGGCUCCUGCAGGCGGGCGAGCUGCUGGGCUGGGAGCGCUGCCGCCAGAGGCGCCCGGGCUACGUCCACGAGCAGGGCUGCUUCUCCGCCAUCGGCGGGACCUUGCAGAAAUACACGUCCGUCCCCGGCGCCACCAGCCUGGCCGUGCUGGCCAUCGAGAUCUUCGCCAUGUUCUUCGCCUUUUGCCUCUACUACAACUUCGACUGAGCAGGACGCGGCGAGCGAGCGGCGGCCCGGACCCCUGCUCUUCCCAGAGCCCAGCUCUUCCACCCGCGCUCGCUUCCCRCAGCAGGCAGCAGCCCGGCCUCCUGCCGCUGCUCCGUGGCCCCGAGCGCUCGCUUUCCUUGGAGCAGGGGCAGGACACAGGAUCGAUUCCACACGGACAACCCCGCGCCCUCACUGGGGUGGAGUUGCCGCCGUUCUGGGCUGCAGAGCAGCUCCCGUGCACCUCCCGCUCAGCUUCUGCUUUGACGCAGGGGAUCCCAGCCUCCUUCCCCACGGCGGUGCUGCCGAGCCCAAGCUCCAUGGGCUUUUCCAGCU